AUGAGCAACAGUGAUAGAGUACCAGUUCAACCUAGCGCUGAGAGUCAGGAAGACGGCGCUGAGGCGACUGAGAAUGGAGCGGUCUCAAGCGACAGAGAAACUGAUACACCAACGAUGUCAACGCCAUCCAGAGGCGACGGUUUGUCAGUGCAACAAACGAUUCUUAAUGGAAUGUUCGAGAGUCACGCAGGAAACGGUACGGCAAUUAAACGGCCCAGUAAAAUUGAUCUAGCUCCGUGGUCCGUACCUGCGUUGGCGCAAUCGACUUUUCAAGGAGUGAGUCUACCUUUUCUGGCCAAUACAGCUAAUCUUCAUAACGGAUUGUGGACCCAAGGACAAAGUAACGCGGGUGGAAUGCAGCAUGGACCUGGAAUCCAACUGCCGGCUACCGGACACUUGACGUUAAGCCCUGGAGUGCACUCUACGGAUUUAGGACACAAGAAAACUCUAUUGUCAUCGGAACAGAUAGCGGCCCGCCAAGUACUGAACAAAGACUUACCCGUGUUUUCCGGUAAGCCAGAAGAGUGGUUGUUGUUUAUAAGCCACUACGAACAAUCUACUGAAAGAUGUGGAAUUAGUAACGAAGAGAAUCUUAUUCGGCUCCAAAAGUGCUUAAAAGGAGCGGCUUGGGAUGCCGUUCGAGGAAAGCUAAUGUGUCCAGAGACGGUGCCGUAUGCAAUCGGUACGUUACGGAUGCUUUAUGGAAGACCGGAGAUUAUUCACUCGAGCCUACAAAGGAAACUAAGAGAAGAACCAGCGGCACGCUCAAAUAAUUUGGAUUCGGUUAUUCAGCUAGCCUUGGCAGUGCAGAACUAUUGCGCGACACUGGUCGCAAUUGGGCUUAAAGAGUAUCUGCACGAUCCAGCUUUACUAGGCGAGCUCGUCGAUAAGUUGCCGGGAGAAUUGAAACUCGAUUGGGGAAGACACCGAAUGACUCUAAUUGGAUGUGUGGCUAACUUGUCUAUCUUUGACAAUUGGUUGUUUGGCAUUGCAAUGUGUGCCUCAAUGGUUACGCCGUAUACAGUUCCAGCUAAGGAUGGAGCAAAGAGAACCAAAGAGCGAAUUUUUCUGCACAACGAAUUGCAAAGUGGAUCUAGUCAGGAAUCGAAAACACAAGAAGUACGCAUCCGGUUGUGCCCCAAAUGUGCAGGGAGUCAUAACGUAGCAGACUGUCGCCUCUUUCGAGAAAUGAGCAUAAAGCAGAGAAAGGAGUUCGUGCGGCAAAAGAGGCUCUGCUAUUGUUGUUUUGAUCAGCACGUGAUACGGAAUUGCAAAAGUAAAAGAAGUUGUGGUGUCGAUGGGUGCAGGCAGAUACACCACUCGUUGAUCCACGAGACAGCGGACUACAAGGAAAGCAAAUCGCAGUGGCAGACGAAUGAGGAUGAUAAACCAGUUCAUCCACCAAUCUUAUUCCAUGGAGAUAUAACAAGCAAGGCUUUAUUCAGAUAUAUGCCAAUCAUGUUAUACGGAAGGAAGCAAAAUUUAGCGACAUAUGCCUUACUGGACGAGGGAGCCGCUUGCUCUUUGAUUGAAGGAACUCUGGCAGACGAGUUAGGACUAGAUGGCCCGGCCGAAGAACUGUGCUUAAAGUGGACCAGUCAAGUCACUCAAACGGAAAGCGCGUCCAAGUAUGUGAGUGUCGGAGUGUCGUCGAUGUGUCAAGGUGCGACGCAAUUUGAACUCAAGAGUUUGCGCACGGUACGUAAGCUAGACUUGCCUACGCAAACAGUUACCGACGAACUGGUAACAUCGAGAAAGCAUCUACAGUAUUUACCAAAUUUAAGUUACUGUAACGUAAAAGCAAGCUUAAUUAUUGGUCUGGAUAAUUUGAAAGUUUGUGUGCCUUUGGAGAUACGGGAGUCCGAAGGAGACGACGUGGUCGCGGCGCGCUGUAGAUUGGGCUGGUCUGUGUAUGGCCGGCACAGCGACGCCGCUCCAGCGUCCUCACACAUAUUGCACAUAUGUGAGUGCAAUGAAGCGAGCAGCAUGCGCGCUUUGGAUGCGUCAAUGAAAGAAUACUUUGCUAUGGAGUCCUCGGGAACACGCGUGCCAAGUAAGCCAUUAAGAUCGAAAGACGACGAGCGCGCGUUGCAGAUUAUGGAGGCGACCACAAGUUAUUGCCCGAUUGACAAACGUUGGCAAACUGGACUGUUAUGGAGGUUCGACAAAGUAGAUCUACCGGAUUCAUACUCAAUGGCCAUGAGGCGUCUUCAGUGUUUAGAAGCGAAAAUGGCAAAGGACAUCGAUCUUAAAAGCUUUAUGUUGGACAUUAUGCAAAGCUAUGAAGAAAAGGGAUACAUCCGGAGAUUAACAGAAAGUGAGCUAGAUAAGGGUAAAAGUUCAUGGUUUCUUCCUAUAUUUACAGUCACUAACCCAAACAAGAACAAGACGAGGCUGGUCUGGGAUGCAGCUGCGAAAGUCAACGGCACGUCAUUAAACGACGUCUUGCUAAAGGGCCCGGAUAUACUGGCAUCUCUAGUUGGCGUGUUAAUACGUUUUCGGGAGCGACCAGUAGCAGUGGCUGGUGACAUAAGUGAGAUGUUUCACCAAGUAAGAGUGCGCCCAGAGGACCAGACGGCUCAGAAGUUUCUAUGGCGCAGUGGAAAUUCGGCUAAAGCGGCAGAAACGUACGUGAUGCAGGUUAUGACAUUCGGUGCUUCCUGCUCGCCGGCCUUAGCUAAUUACAUAAAGAAUCGCAACGCAGAGCGGUUCAGAAAAGAAUCUCCAAGAGCUGUUGCGGCCAUUUGUAGGAACACGUUUGUCGACGACUGGCUCGAGUCGACAAACACCGAAGACGAGAUGACGGAGUUGGCCAUGGAGGUGCAAAGAAUUCACUUGGAGGGUGGAUUCAACAUGAAGCGCUGGACCUCGAAUUCUGCGAGCGUAGUGAGAGCGCUCAAGAACCAAGAAGGAGACGUGCCUAGGGAGGUGGGAUUCCUUGAAAAAACGCAAGUUAAGGUUUUAGGCAUGUGGUGGCUGCCCGUGACAGAUCAACUUACCUAUGUAGUCAAGCCGGAUUUGCUUGAAAGAGCAUCGAAAGACUAUCCGACCAAAAGAACUGUGUUAAGUGUGGUUAUGUCAAUUUUUGACCCACUUGGAUUGCUUGGCUUUUUCACUGUUCGUGCUAAAAUUAUUUUGCAGAAUAUCUGGCGAGCAGGAACGGAUUGGGAUGAGUCUCUUCAGGAAGAGGACCAAGCAGACUGGAAAAUUUGGGUGAAGCUGUUACCCAAAAUCAACGAAGUGAGGAUUUCAAGGUGCAUGCCGAAGGUUUGUUGUGCAAGACGAGUACAACUUCACACGUUUGUGGACGCCAGCAUCAACGCUUAUGCAGCGCUUGUGUACCUGCGAGCAGAAGUGGAUGGAAUAGUCCACUGUUCCUUGGUAGCGUCUAAGACACGAGUGGCCCCUUGA